AAAGAAGAUCCUUUCUUCGAGGAGAUUCCAAAUGAAGAGUUAAAGUUCUAUCAAAGACAUGGUGCCAGAAGGAAGAAAGCUUUACCAUUAGGUUUGUCACAUAAUGAUCAAAAAAUAUUGAAAAGUGUUAGAAGAAGAGCAUAUCAUUUAGAUCUUUCACUUUCUUGUUGUGGAUUUAGGUUUGGCUGGGCUGGUAUCAUUGGGAUUAUACCUUGGAUUGGUGAUUUUUUCGCAGCUUAUCUUGCGUUGCUAUUGUUGAAGAAAGCACAACAGAUUGAUGGUGGAUUACCGAGUUAUAUUCAAACUCAAAUGAGUGCAAAUAUCGCUUUUGAUUUUGGUAUUGGAUUGAUACCAAUUGUUGGUGAUAUCAUCAAUAUUGCCUACAAGGCCAAUUCAAGAAAUUGCUUACUUCUCGAAUCAUACCUAACCCAUAAAUACAAUAAGAAACACAAGCACGAGACAUCAGCAGAGACAGAGGGUCGAAUAAGUGAUAUACCAGAGUCUCAACCAGGACCAAACAAUGCUAAACCUAAGAUUCCUGAUUAUCAAAAACAACCACCUCAUCCUCCUCCAAGGACCUAA